UAAGCAUACACUACAUUCGUGAAAAAAUGGCAGCUGACGAAUAGAGAAAAGUGGAUCUUCACUCGAAAAACAGACGGCACUUGACAGAACUACACAGACAAACAAGCACACUGGGUUGACUUCCUGCACCUUGAUUGUCAUCAUAAGAGUGUCACCAUUGGUUGUCAGUCACCAUGGGAAAAACUCAGCUAAAAGAUCAGAAAGAUGGCAAGAAAGAGAAACCAGGAAGAACAGUUCCACCAACAGGUACAACCCCUGCAACAAGUAAAGAUGCUUUCAGCUGGGAAGAAUAUCUCAAAGAAACAUCAUCUAUACCAGCUCCACCGAGCUGUUUUCGUCAGGCUAGAGUCCCGCCCUCUAAUGACUUCAAAGUGGGAAUGAAGCUUGAAGCCCACGAUCCACGCAACUCCACUUCAGUUUGUAUCGCCACAGUGAUGGGUUUAACUGGGGUUCGUCUGCGUCUCCGUCUGGAUGGAAGUGACAACAGUAACGACUUCUGGAGGCUGGUAGACUCCUCCGACAUCCAGCCGAUUGGCACCUGUGAGAAGAAUGGAGACAUGCUGCAGCCGCCACUGGGAUUUCGGAUGAAUGCGUCCUCUUGGCCCAUGUUUCUGUUGAGAACCUUAAAUGGAGCAGAGAUGGCACCAGCAACAGCCUUUAAAAAGGAGCCUCCAAGGCCUCAGCAGAACAGCUUUAAGCCAGGCAUGAAGCUGGAGGCUGUGGACAAGAAGAACCCAUACCUCAUCUGCCCCGCCACCAUCGGGGAAGUGAAGGGCGAUGAGGUCUUUAUCAUGUUCGAUGGGUGGCGGGGUGCCUUUGAUUACUGGUGCAAGUGUGAGUCCCGGGACAUCUUCCCCGUGGGCUGGUGCUCCCUCACUAAGCACAGCCUCCAGCCACCAGGCAACAGUGUUAACCUCCCAAAGAACCUGCAGACUCUCCCAGCAUCACCCUCCAAGCCCAGCAGGCGGUCCAUGCAGUCCCCCUACAGACUCCCCAACCCUCUGCCCCCUUUGCCUGUCAGGAAAGGGGUCCGGGGCCGUCGACCCAAGAGCGAGACCAUUGCUCUACUCAAAGCUGUGGCAGAAGCAGCAGCUGCCCAAAAUGGAAGUGUACCUGAAACCACACAGCUUGUACCCCGGCCCCACAAGAAGAGAGGACCCAAACCUGGAAGCAAGAGAAAGUCCAAGAUUCUCCAGGCUCCAAUGCAGCUGCCCAGCAUCCAGGUUCCACAAGAGAGCCCUCCCAGUCUCAGCUCUGUGGUUUCAACAGUGUGUGUGUAUGUGAAUAAGCAUGGAAACUGUGGUCCCCACCUGGACAGGAAGCAGAUGCAGCGUCUGCCAGACCACUUUGGCCCGGGGCCAGUGAAUGCAGUGCUCCAGCAGGUGGUCCAGUCGUGUAUAGACUGUGCAUACCAACCUAAAGUCCUGCUCGUUGCUCUGCAGACUCAUUCAGGAGGAGGAGAGGUUGUUAGAGUGAGGACAGAUGGUGGAGUUCGUGUGGUCAAACUACCUUCAGCCUCCAGUGCUUCCUUUGUGCUACGGUUCCUGGAGACGAUGUGUCGUCACCUGCAAUGUGACAACCUGUUCAGCAGCCAGCCGUUCAGCCACUAUGCUGAUUAUGACAGGAACAAGUCAGUGAAAGAGGAGGCGUUGGACGCUCCCUCUCUGGCUCGGGGGAGUAAACGGAGUCUCUCUGGGGUCUCUCCGCCGUAUGCAGCUCCUCUGUCUCCGAAACAUUUACGUACUGAGGCUCACCCUUCAGAAGCAGAGACUCUGCCACAUGAGGAGAACGGCCUAAUAAAGGAGCAGCGCUACAUGGACUCAGCCUCCAACUCCAUGACCCCUCGUCCUCAAACAGUGCGGAGUUCCUCAGAGUACCACUCUCAAGCCAGCAGCCUCUACCAUCCUGGCAACAGCACGCCCAUGCGCCGCCUCUCCUCCAACCCCGCAGAGCUCGCCUCCACACAGCCUCUCCGACGAGUUGAAGCAGCCAGCUCCACCACAGGUCCUGAGGCUCUGGUGUAUGAACGGGAGGGUCAGCAGCUGCCCAGUAAAAACCCUUCCUCCUGGUCCAUUGAAGAGGUGAUGCAGUUUGUAAGAGAUGCUGACCCCACAGCGUUGGCUCCACAUGCUGAACUAUUCAGAAAACACGAGAUUGAUGGAAAAGCCCUGAUGUUGCUACGGAGCGACAUGAUCAUGAAAUACAUGGGUCUGAAGCUGGGACCUGCACUGAAAUUAUGCCACCACAUAGAGCGACUGAAACAAGGCAAAGUGUAACAGGUGCCAGGGCAGCAUUCUCCCUGCCAGACGCAGGGCCUAGAAGCCCUGAAGGAGCCAGCAAGUUGGACACUGACUCAUGGGGCACGCAGGGACAACAUGUAACUCCAGACUCCGCCUCCAGAGACUGAAAACAUGUUGCAACUUCAUCCAGACUUCCAGAGCGGAGAAAGUGUGCCGUGUAGUGCUGACACAUUACCUCACCCCCUCAUCAGUGAAGAAAAAGCUGUUCAAGUCUAACAGACACCACUGACUUAAUGAAAUCCCAAAGGAAAAUAAUCCCUGUAGUGUUUACAUUGCAUAGCACAUGUGCACACGUGGACACGUUUUUUUAUGGAGAUGAAAUCUUUUGAUCCUGGUUUUGGAUCCCCAAAGAUGGAGAAUGUUUCUUCUUAUAUAAUGUUUUUAUUAUUGUUGAAUUUCCAGUUAAUAAGGAAGGGUUGGUCCAUCAGACGUUCUUCCCCAUGCUCUUCUGAGAGAAUUUGGAUGCUCUCUCAUCUGUGCUGUUGUAUAGCCGUCUUCACUCUUCACGUAUAUGCCUAAAGUGUGGGCGUAUCUACCUGCCCGAAGGAUGCUAACGCCAGUGCAUUCCACUUCUUUCACACAGUGCUAGACUGACGUUCUCAUCUGCUUGAACCAUGUUGUCAGUAUCAUGGCAGGAAUCAUAUUUUUUAAUUGAUCCUCACUUUUUCCUCGAGUGUCCUGCAGGAUCGUCACCUGCUGGUGCCGCAUGAUGUAUUAUUGUGUCUUAGCAGGCCCGCCGUCGCCCCCCACCACUCUCCAUGCAGUUCUUACAAAUGUCAAACCGUUUGUAUCCUGAGCUCUGAGAAGUUAAGAGUGUCUCAAUUUCAAUGGACAGUUUGUUAAGGAAGUGCAAGAAUGAUUUUUCUAAGGGCUUUGUAUGUUAAGUUUUGAUGUAACGUUUUAAUCAGUCAUAAACAUUUUAAGUUCACAGGUCCGCCUGCGACCUCAGCGUUGUCACUUUUGACCGUUACAAUCACUGUUAGCAAUGAAAACAGAUGUGUACAGUUUUAUGGGUUUAACCAUGAAUAUCAGCGACAGAAUGUACAUUUUGUAGAAACUUAAUAUUUUAAGGAAAUCAUAUACAUAAGUUAGAAAUGUGAAGAUAAAGGGGAUGGGGGGAAUGUUUCAGUCGAUUCCAUUCUGCUUUUUAAAACUUAACGCAGCGCUUUUAGUUCAGAUACUCCCAGUUCUAGACUGCCUUGCUUUACCUAUGACAUUUCUCAGGUUUAUGUGGUCUUUGUUAGUACAAGCUUUUGUAGCACACUGUUUAUAAUAUACUUAACAGAAUUUUCCUGUUAUUCCCUUCCUCCAUUUAAAAAGACUUGUGCCAUAUGAUAUUCACACACAGGAUCGAAGUGCUGUUGAUUUCCUUCUCUUGCAUCUUCUUUAAAGUACUUGAAAAAUAUGUGUUGCAAAAAGUCACUUGUCCAUAAACAAUAUGUGUUUAUAAUGU